AUGAAAUAAUAUUAAUCCUAACCAUAAAAAUCUCCUUCCAAUAUAGAAAAGACUAAUACUUUUAUUACUUAAGUUGAUUCUAUUAACAAUUUCUAUACAAAUUAACAUAGUUAACAUAACCUAAAUUUUAAUCAUAUUCUCUCAAUGCUUUAAAAAAGACAAGAGUUUUAAGAAUAAGAAUAUAAAAUUAAACUUGAUUCUUUAGAAAAAAGAAUUAAAUAAUUAAUCUAAAUUAGUUCCUAACUUACAUAAUAAAAUACUAAACUUAAAAUACAAUACUCAGAUCUAAUCAAAGAAUAUGAUAUUAUAAAAAACAGAAUUAUUAAUUAUGAAGAUAACAUCCUUAAGAAAAAUUCAGAGUAUUAAUUCAAUUUAGAUGAACUAACUAAAUUAAAAAUUGAAAGAGAAAAAAUAAUUGGAUUAACCAAUAAAUAUCAUGAAAGAUCAAAAAUUAGAAAAAAAUAAGUUAUUGAAUAAGAAAAUACUAUAAAUAUUUUAAAAAAAUAAGUGAAUGAUUUAUAAAAGGCUAAUCUCAUUUUACUCUCUGAAAAAUAAAAUAUAUUAUUGUAAUCCUAAUAAAACCAUUAAUUUUUAAAUUAAUAAUAAAAUAUAUUGUAAGAAGAAAUUAUAGCUAAAGCAUUAUAAAUAGAUUUAUCUAAUAAAGAUGAAAUUUAAUAAAUAAUCAAGCAUUUCUUGAAUAAUUAUUCUAAUCAUCUUAUCUAAAUUAAUAAGGAGACUAAUUAAUUAAUUAUUUUGAUCUAAGAAUAUUUUGAUAUCAAUUUAGAUAUCAAUAAUUAAUCUCAAUACAAUAAACUCAUAAAAUAAUUUGAUUCCUUAAUCAUUAAAUAUAAUUAGAUGUUAGAAUAAAAAACUAAAUUUUAAUAAUAAUUUAAUAUCUCUCCUUAAGACACUUUAUUAUUGAGUAAUUAUAAUAAUUAGAAUUUUUACAAUAAUAAUAAUAAUGUAAAUAAUACAAUUUUUAGUAGUAAAAGAAACAGUUAAAACAAUUUUUAUCAAAAUAAUGUCAAAUAAGAUAUAAUUAGAGCCAGCAAGUAUAUUAAAAUAUAGUAAAUUCAUAUGUUUCUUGCUUAAAUGAUUGAAUCAUUUAUUAUCUAUAUUUUUAGAGUUAGAAAUCUCAAUCAUGAAAUUCUAGGAUCAGAGUAAUUUAAUAGUGAAUAUAAAACGAAAUUUAAGAAAAUUACAUAUGUCAUAAUAGCAAUAAUUAGAAUGCUAAACAAAAAAAAAUUUCAUGAUUAUAACCCAUUGAUUUUAGUGUUACCCAUAGAAGAGACUAUUUAUUAUUUACUAAAUACAAUUAGAACUUAGUAGUAAAUAAUAGAAAAAUUUUAAGAGUGA